AUGAAGAGGGAUAACGGCCAGACGCUACAGAAGAAUCAGAAAGACAUCAGGGAAAACACAAAUAAAAGACAAGAAGAGUUCAAUAAAAAUCGGAAAGGUCUUGAGGUAAACAAGGAAAAGAAACCGUUUGAUAAGAAGGCAUACCGUCUGAAGAAGUACAGUAAGAAGUACAAACUAGAGCAGUGGGAGGAACAACGUAAAAAAAGGUUAUUACGAGAAUACCAUAAAGAUAUUAAAAAUGACCCUACAGUAGGCUCUUACAAAGCUAAGACUUUUGACGAAGACGCACCAGAUGCACCACAAACUGCCGGCAAAUAUGUCCGACAUCCCGAUCUAAUUGAAAAAGAGAAUGUUAAAGAAACAGAAAAAUCUCCGACAGUAACGAAAGUAAAAAAGGAUCCAUAUCACAAAGCAAAAGAACAAUUCAAUAAAGUGAAACAAGAAAAGCAGGAGAAGCAACAGGAGAUAGAGAGGAUUAAAAAGGAGAAAAUGCAAAAGUUGGAAGAGUACAAGAAGAAGAAAAAUGAUCGAUUCAAGAAGUUAAGUAAGAAGACUAAAAAGGGACAACCCGUGAUGACGGGUAGGUUGGAAUUACUCUUAGAGAAAAUUCAGAAGACUAAAUAG